CAACCCCUUUCUUGUCAAGGAGGCUGGCCAGAGGACAGCUUUGAAUGCUUUAUUUCAGGAGUUUUCUUCCGUGGAUAAAGAUGCACAAGCUGGCAUUCACUGACAUAAAGACUUGAAUUUCUUUAUUUGUUGUGUAUGUAAGAGCAGGAAACAAAGGAAAGAGACCUUGCAGAUCUUCAGAUCAUCUCACCGGCCUCCGACCUCCUUCUGUAGAGAAGGCGAAUAGUGGUGGCAAGAUGAGAAACUUUGAAACCCUCUUCCUCCAGAUAUGAUUCUCCCUUCUACUACUGAACAGAAGUGAAGAGGAUGCCAGAGAAAGAGGUUUGCCUCUCUGCACUCUCCACACUGGCGAUCAGAAGUAGCUGAAGCCAUGACAGGAGCAAAGGGGAACCAUGCUCUGUUUGGGCUGGGUGUUUCUUUGGUUUGUUGCAGGAGAGAAGACCACAGGAUUUAAUCAUUCAGCUUGUGCCACCAAAAAACUUCUGUGGACAUAUUCUGCAAGGGGUGCAGAGAAUUUUGUCCUAUUUUGUGACUUACAAGAGCUUCAGGAGCAAAAAUUCUCCCAUGCAAGUCAACUGUCACCAACACAAAGUCCUGCUCACAAACCUUGCAGUGGCAGUCAGAAGGACCUAUCUGAUGUCCAGUGGUACAUGCAACCUCGGAGUGGAAGUCCACUAGAGGAGAUCAGUAGAAACUCUCCCCAUAUGCAGAGUGAAGGCAUGCUGCAUAUAUUGGCCCCACAGACGAACAGCAUUUGGUCAUAUAUUUGUAGACCCAGAAUUAGGAGCCCCCAGGAUAUGGCCUGUUGUAUCAAGACAGUCUUAGAAGUUAAGCCUCAGAGAAACGUGUCCUGUGGGAACACAGCACAAGAUGAACAAGUCCUACUUCUUGGCAGUACUGGCUCCAUUCAUUGUCCCAGUCUCAGCUGCCAAAGUGAUGUACAGAGUCCAGAGAUGACCUGGUACAAGGAUGGAAGACUACUUCCUGAGCACAAGAAAAAUCCAAUUGAGAUGGCAGAUAUUUAUGUUUUUAAUCAAGGCUUGUAUGUAUGUGAUUACACACAGUCAGAUAAUGUGAGUUCCUGGACAGUCCGAGCUGUGGUUAAAGUGAGAACCAUUGGUAAGGACAUCAAUGUGAAGCCGGAAAUUCUGGAUCCCAUUACAGAUACACUGGACGUAGAGCUUGGAAAGCCUUUAACUCUCCCCUGCAGAGUACAGUUUGGCUUCCAAAGACUUUCAAAGCCUGUGAUAAAGUGGUAUGUCAAAGAAUCUACACAGGAGUGGGAAAUGUCAGUAUUUGAGGAGAAAAGAAUUCAAUCCACUUUCAAGAAUGAAGUCAUUGAACGUACCAUCUUCUUGAGAGAAGUUACCCAGAGAGAUCUCAGCAGAAAGUUUGUUUGCUUUGCCCAGAACUCCAUUGGGAACACAACACGGACCAUACGGCUGAGGAAGAAGGAAGAGGUGGUGUUUGUAUACAUCCUUCUCGGCACGGCCUUGAUGCUGGUGGGCGUUCUGGUGGCAGCUGCUUUCCUCUACUGGUACUGGAUUGAAGUUGUCCUGCUCUGUCGAACCUACAAGAACAAAGAUGAGACUCUGGGGGAUAAGAAGGAAUUCGAUGCAUUUGUAUCCUACUCGAAUUGGAGCUCUCCUGAGACUGACGCCGUGGGAUCUCUGAGUGAGGAACACCUGGCUCUGAAUCUUUUCCCGGAAGUGCUAGAAGACACCUAUGGGUACAGAUUGUGUUUGCUUGACCGAGAUGUGACCCCAGGAGGAGUGUAUGCAGAUGACAUUGUGAGCAUCAUUAAGAAAAGCCGAAGAGGAAUAUUUAUCCUGAGUCCCAGCUACCUCAAUGGACCCCGUGUCUUUGAGCUACAAGCAGCAGUGAAUCUUGCCUUGGUUGAUCAGACACUGAAGUUGAUUUUAAUUAAGUUCUGUUCCUUCCAAGAGCCAGAAUCUCUUCCUUACCUUGUCAAAAAGGCUCUGCGGGUUCUCCCCACAGUCACAUGGAAAGGCUUGAAGUCGGUCCACGCCAGUUCCAGGUUCUGGACCCAAAUUCGUUACCACAUGCCUGUGAAGAACUCCAACAGGUUUAUGUUCAACGGGCUCAGAAUUUUCCUGAAGGGCUUUUCCCCUGAAAAGGACCUAGUGACACAGAAACCCCUGGAAGGAAUGCCCAAGUCUGGGAAUGACCACGGAGCUCAGAACCUCCUUCUCUACAGUGACCAGAAGAGGUGCUGAUGGGUAGAACUUGCUGUGUGGAUCAGGCUGAUAGAAAUUGAGCCUUUCUGCUCUCAGUGCCAAGCAAGCUUGACAGGCAGUGGAAUGAAGCGGCAUCUGUGGUUUUAGGGUCUGGGUUCCUGGAACAGACACAGAGCAAUACUCCAGACCUCUGCCGUGUGCUUAGCACACAUUUCCCUGAGAGUUCCCAAGUAGCCUGAACAGAAUCAACAGAAAUAGCUCCAUGGGCUGUCCAACAUUCAUGCACGCAUGCCUGUUUUGCACUAUAUAUAUGAAUUUAUCAUACGUUUGUGUGUGUAUAUGCAUUCAGAUAAAUAGGAUUUUAUUUUGUUCGAUACGAGUGAUUGAAACUCCAUCUAAAGCCCUUCUGUAAAGAAAUUUUGCUGCAUGUUUAUUCAUCAAUUCUAUAGAGGAGAAAUAUAGAAGGUGAGACAGAACAUAUGAUCUCCUGGGUCCCUACAGGACCCACUUGAAGGCAUGAACUAGGUAUAUGUUUCUAGACCUGCAGGUGAACAACAUGCAUGGUAUCUGUUGUUGGCAGAAAAUAUCACGACUCACAAAUGAAUUUAGUGAGCUCAUCCUGUGUCCAAGCUUCGAAAGGUCCAAUAUAGAAUGGUGGUCAUUCCCCUUGUGUCUAAGGGGCUGGGUGAGAGUUGUGCUUUCUUUCCUACUCACUACCAUAAGCGAAAGUCACAUCACAAGUCACUAGUGCCAGAAAAAAAAAAUACAUCAACACUCAGAGGGUCAAAAAUUUGAGUCAAGUUCUUCCAAAUUGUAUAUAACAGAGAGGACAGAGCCCUCCUCUUGGCUGGAACACUCUUUACAGGAUUCAGAUUUAGGAAUGGGAUAGAACUAAUUACGAUAUCUCCUUGUUUCCUUGGCUAGAGACCUUACCCGAGUCUCUGCAAGUAGAGACUAAUUUGUCCCAGAUCAUUAGUCCAAUUAAGACAAAGAAUGGGUUUGUAGUUGUCUACAACCUAGAGAGGCAGCAAUUAUGAAGCAGAGUGUGGGGCAUAAGGGCACCCAUUUGUUGACAAGCAGCAAGAAUACAACAGAUGCCAUAGCUUUGCAUGUCAUUUGCCUGCUGAGAGUGGUAUCCUGUAUGGACACUGAUUGGCCGAGUGGUCUUAGGGGAAGUCUUCCUUAGUAACAAGAUGAUGUGUUUAAGGGCUGGGUCGUCGUUUUGAUUAACAAAGUGAAUUUGAUGCUCAUGACUUGGUCUAUAGCUGAAACAGGGUUUGAGUUGAUGUGGCUGUUUAUGCCCUUUGAACACCACCUUUCCUGAUGGAACAGGGUGGCUCAUCAUGUGAGCAGUGAAGGCAGCACCUCAUGAACUGGCUCCCACAUCAUGAGUCACAUCCCCUGAGAACCAAAUGAGGUCCACAGGCAGAGUGGGUUAUCCACUGACAUCUGACCCAUUGGUGUCUGUGUGAAUUGCUCUUCUGAUCCUCCUUCGCAGAAGAACCACAUCAUAAAAACCACUUUGGCUUUGGCACUAACCAGCAUCCUGGCUGGAAAUCUCAAAGCUAAAGAGGAACCAAAGAGCAUAAAUUAUCCCUGGAGGAAGUUUUUGUGGGAAGGACCACUGUGGGAUCGCAGUGGGGAGGAACCCACACUUGUUGAACCACUGUGCCCUGGCUCUGGCCAGGCUUCCUGGGUUUCUUGUUAGCCUCUCUCAGAGAUCAUAGACUCAGAAACCUCUUCUGGCCAGUGCAGCCAGGUUUAUCUUGUUCCAAGAUAACUGAGCUCCCAAGCAUUUGGCUUUACAGUGCCUCAGACUUGUACAAAUAUGAAAGCAGAAAUAGCCAGUCCAUGUUUAUAGAAUGUCUUCUUUUCCAUAGCUAGGUCCAGUGAGAUGACAGGUAUGCAUUUGGGACAAACUGUUAUUAAUAUUUAUGCCUUGCAUAUCAACUAAAACAAGAGGAAUAAUCAAGACAAAAUUCCUGUGUUUGCAAGACUUUGGCUGAGCAGCUAGGCUCAGCAGAAUGAAAGCAAAGCCACGUUUUCUGGCUGCACCAUCUAGAUGAGGAGGCCAUGUAUCUUGUCUAUUGCUUCACAUACAUUGAACAAAUACAAUGGUAACCAUGCUUUAUUUCGGUAUAAGAAAGCAUCACCAUUUGAGUAUGGAUGGCACCCUUCUAGGACACACUGCAGACCUUUCCUUAUGGACCCUAUAUGGUCUCCCAGACAGUUCUCAGAGAGAAAGUUCUCAACAUUCAUGUUAUUCCAAGGUCAAUACCUCAAGUAAUAUAAAAUAAAUGCCCACAGUCCUGACUACUGGUUUGUUUUAUGCCAGCUUAAUACAAGCUAAAUCAGUUUGGAAGAAGGAACAUUGGCAGAGAGAGAGCCCCCACUAGAUUGGACUAUGGACAAGCCUGUGGUACAUUGUCUUGAUUCAUGAUCAAUGUGGGGGGUCACAGCUCACUGUGUACAGUGUCACCCCUGGGCUGGUGGCCCUGGAUGCUAUGAGUAAGCAGGGUAAAUAAGCCAUAAAUAGGAAACCAGUAAGCAGCACUUUUCCAUGGCUCUGCUUCAGUUCCUGUGCCCAGAUUCCUGGCUUGUACUCCCUGGACAAUGGACCUGAGAAUUGUAAGACUGAAUAAACCCUUUCCUUCUCAA